ACUCCAUCAUAUAUUCUCCUUAAUGGUCAUAUGAUCCUCUCAUUUGUUAUUUUGAUUCAUAUAGCUCUAUACUAUAUAAAGCUAUGUAACUCUCAUUAUAUCAAUAAUACAAUUCAUACAUUUCUCAUAAGUUAAUAAUUACAUCACUUUUAAAUAUUACUUUUAAAAUAAAUAUAACGUCCACAAAGACACAUAAGGACUUUAUACUUCUAAUCUUAUAAGAAAUUUUAUAUAAGAAAUUUCAAAAGUUAUGACAGCAAAUUCAUUUAUUAGAAAAAUGAAGCUCAAGUUACUUGGACUUGUAGCCGAUGAGAUAAAUAACACUGACUUUUAGUGGAAGCAAAGUCGAAAUUCAACACACAUGUUUCUGUUUUCUUCUAAUAAUACUUGUCUUUUUGUUGUUUGUUGUUUAUAUGUAUAUUCAAAUACUUCUUAGCGACAUCUGAUUGGAAACUAUUACCGACCACUACUUUAAAAUUGAAUAUAUUUUCAAACUAUUACAUCAUGUUUUUUGUUAGCAUAUCAAAAUCGCAUUUUCUAUUCUCCUUAUAAAUUUUAAUUUAAAUAAAGGGUUUUCAAUCUUAUUGAUUCAUCAGUCUGUGAUGAUAAAAGUCCAAAUAACUAGCCUGUCUUCUUGUUUUGAGUUCCAUUCUACAUUAUCAUCUUUGUUGUUAUUGCUACGUAAGCUAAAGCAUGGCCAAAUAAGAGAAUCAAAUAUCCUAAGACAAUAUAAUAUUUCUCUUGGAGAUUUGGAGUAAAUAAAUUAGAUUAUCUACAUGCUAUAUGUAUUAGCUAGUAUCCCGUUGUGUAUGAUUACUGAUCAGUUUCAAAUUCGAUAAUGAGUGUAUAUAUGAGCAAAAAAAAUCAUACUAUUGUUGUAAUCACUAGUAAAUAAAUUUAUCUAAAUACUGGUGAAACAUUUAUAAAAAAAUGUAUUAUAAUAGACUAGGUUUUGCGGUAGUCUUAUUUGCAUGCUUUCAAAAUAUUUCAGAUACUUUGAACAUCCUCUCUAGCUUAUGUAUUUUCACCUUUUACAUAGAGGUACUUAGUUUUUUUUUUUGAAGGUGCUUAGUUUGGUAAAGAGAACAUUACAAUUCCCCAAAAAAACGAAACCUGAUUCACAAGAAACCCCCUCACAAAAAGGAGAGAAUCCACUGUAGCUUCAUGAAUGAACUCUCCGACCCACCUUCUUCACAUUCCUCUCUUUCUCUUCUAUAUUAUAAAACAGCUCUCUCAUUUCUCCACGAUAUCGUAUUCGUUCAAGCAAUCAUCAUCAACAUUCAACAGAGAAAAAGAAGAAGAAAAUGUCGGACUGGGGACCGAUACUAGUGACGGUGAUACUCUUCGUGAUGCUCACGCCAGGACUUCUGUUUCAGUUGCCUGGACGACAAAGAUACGUUGAGUUUGGUAAUUUUCAGACAAGUGCUGUCUCUGUUAUGGUCCAUUCCCUUCUCUACUUCUCCCUUGUCUGCGUCUUCCUCCUCGCCCUCAAGAUUCACAUCUACAUUGCCUAAUUGUUGCAACCCUUUAAUUUAUUCUGUGUGUUUUCCUUUACAAUUUUAACCUUAAACUCGUUUCUAUCGGACCCUUUUGCUUUUAUGUGUUUAC